AACGGUGGAACAUAUGUAUUUAGAACAUCUAUUACAGAACUGAGAAUAUUAUAGUAUUCGCAAUGGAUACCAUGUUAUUUACCUUUAUUAUCUUUUUAUACUUCACACUUGUAUACUCAGAUAAAUAUAAACUUUUGCCGCCUGUAUAUGAAAUGGAAGAUUACCUAGCCUGUUUAGAAAGAAACCAUACCUAUUGCAAAGUAGAUGCGAGAAUAAUGAACAACGGAAAUGAAAAUACCGUUAUCUGGAACUUGAUUAAAGAUUCUGUUAGUGAUAAAAACAGCAAUGACCGCAGUAUUAUUCAUAGAGCUGUGUGUCUUUCAAACAGAGAAGUUCUUAGUUUGAAUUCUAUUAAAAAACUUUCUGAAAUACGGAUAAAUGAGAAAUUAAACGGAAAUUUAACUGUAAUGGUAGAGAACGCCGUUUGCACCGCAAAAGAUAGUAUUAAAAUUUCCUUAUAUGACAAACUGUUACUAUUUUUCUUCGUAGCAUAUUUAUAUUUAAUUUUAUAUGCUACAAUGUAUGAUAGAUGGAAGAGGACAAAUACACACGAAAGUACCAAAAAUAAAUUUAUGAUGGCACUAUCAUUAACCUCAAACUGGAGAAAAAUAUGUAAUAUUGAAGGAAAUGAAGAUUAUAACAAAUUAAAAUCAAUCCAAGGAAUUCGAUUUUACAACAUGUUAUUAAUUAUCGCAGUUCACUCAUUGCUGAGUUAUAAUAUAAUUUACCUCUCGAAUCCUAAUGACCUUGAAAGAUUUUACAGUACUACCGUAGUGCAAGUUUUAUGUACUUUAAGCUUUUUUUUGGUUCAAACAUUUUUCCUGAUAUCUUCAUGGAUUGUGACUUUUCAAUUAUACAAUAUUCAUAGAAACCAUGGGGAGUUCACUGUUAAACAAGCCUUUAUCCUCAUCAUUAAUAGGUUCUUUAGAAUUGGGGUAUCUUCGACCAUAGUGUUGCUUUCAGUAAAAUCUUCUUGGAAUAGAUUACUUGAUGGACCUAUUACUUUUGAUAACAUCUACUUGUCUCAAAAAGCGUGUAAACAGAACUGGUGGCAAACUUUUUUCUUCAUAAAUAACUAUUUAUAUAUUGGAGAGAUAUGUAAUCCAAGUUCGUGGUAUUUGUCAGUGGAUUUUCAGAUGUACAUAGUGACAAUAGUCAUCAUUUAUUUAAUUCUCAAGUUUAAACUCGAUGAGUUUAAAGUGAUUAGCUUCCUAACACUUUUUUCCUGUUUCCUUUAUGGAUUAAUUAUAUACGUUAAUAAUAUGAACGUGCUUUGUAGGACAAAUUACAAUACUCUGAGAAAUUAUGUGUUGACACAAUUAGAAUCAUUCAGGAUUAUAUAUCAAUCAACAUAUUGUAACUGGACUACAAGCUUAAUAGGUAUAUCGCUAGGAAUUUCGUAUACGAAGUACAGGAAUUUCAAUUUCAUCAGUAACAAAAAUCGGAAGAUUAUAUCCAUUUUGUGGCUCUUAAUUUUUUUUGGUCUGCCUUCUUCAGUGAUACUUAUAGCCAGACAUGAAUUCAGGGGAAUUCGAGCAGCAGUUUUGGGAGCCUUGGUUAAACCCCUGUUUUCUUUGGGCAUUGGAAUAGGCAUUUUAGGAAUGUCACACAAUAUUGGAGGUCUUAUAAAGCAUAUAUGUGAAAAUAAAUAUGUUGUGCUGAUGAGCAAUUUCUCAUUUUCCACUUACAUGUCUCAGUUUGUUGUUAUAUUUUCUAAAGGAGUACGAAGUUAUUCAUUGAUGAAAUUUGACCCUGUUAAUAUGAUAAAGUGCUUUUUGUUUUUCGAUGCACCACUAUCAGUAAUAGUAGGAAUUAUUUUCACAGUAGUAUUCGAGCAGCCAGGAAUUAAUUUACAAAAGCUUUUCCUGCCACAAAUAACACGUAGGAAGAGGGCACAGCCGAAGAUGGCCUAAUGGAAUUAAUUAUCGUUAUAAAUUAUUCUUAAUUGCUGUUAAUUUAUGUUAGAUUAAAUGGUAGAGGAAA